AUGUCAGACGCGGCUGCCGCAGCCUUACACGUGACUAUUUCUGAUCUUAAGAUCGACACUUUCUGUGAUUUCUCCCAAUACAAAGCUGAUAUGCAAUUUAACGAGAGAACUAUUCAUGUUACCGAUAUUUCUCUACAAAUGAAGCCUGCCAAUAUCAAACAAGUUUUCGCCAAAUAUGGAACUGUUACUGACUUUAAAAUGACAGUAAAAG